CCAACCGGAUGCUUCACAUUUAUACAUCCAGAGAAAUAUCUAUAUCAUUGUUCUAUCUGUGACAAAACAUUUUACCAGCAUGGAGAACGAGCCACGAAAAAGAGUCGCUCGCUCUUCAAAACCAGGCAAAAGGGAUGGGAAGAGUGUCAAAGAAGCACAGACCGCUGCAGAGGAAGCAAGAAGGAGAGAGGCAGUGAGGGAAACCCUGAGAGAGAAGCUGGAUCUGGAGAAGAGGGCUCUGCAGGUGGUGGAGCGUCUCUUGGAGGACAGCGUAGCAGACGACUUCCUGGUUGACUGUGCAAGGUUGAUCACUGCUGCCAAUUACAAAGACACAGUUGAGGAGAGGUCCAUUGUGAAGCUGUGCGGUUAUCCUGUCUGUUCAAACAAACUGGGCAAGCUCUCCACUCAACAGUUCAAAAUUUCCACCAAAACCAAUAAAGUCUAUGACAUCACGGAACGCAAGAGUUUCUGCAGUAACUUCUGCUACAAAGCCUCCAAGUCUUUUCAGCUGCAGAUAUCAAAGAGCCCUCUGUGGCUGAGGCAGCACGAGAGCCCCCCAGAUGUGAAAUUAAUGAAGAAAGGAGAUGGCGGUAGCACCGGAGAGGAGGUGAGGCUGGCUGAGAGGCGUCUCAGAGAGGACGAUGUGGAGAACCCCCUUCCCUUGGACUCCGUGUCCCCAGAGGACCCCAGGCGCUCCCCUACAGCCGGCAACAGCGACGACAGCGACGCAGAACAUGACUUUGUCUCAAGCGUGGUCUCCCAGCGACGGGGACCCACGGUGCACUGGGGCGAUCUGCCCAAGCGUACCGCCGAAGGGGAGGGUAGGGAACCUGGAGAGGGGGAGGACCGGGAGAGAAGGUCGGGAGGGAAGGACACAACGGUGCCCAAGCAAAUACAAACAAACGAGGCGGAAGACGAGGAGGAGAAUACAGAAGGAUCACAGAAAGCACAAAGGAGGCCAAGCAAUGGCACAGAUGGACACCAACAGCACACCACAGAUACGAACCACCAGAGUGAGCAGCAAUCUUUCCUGGGAGAGAGAGGGUCGCCAGAGGGCCAGUCUAUGGAGGAAGCCGCAGAGCUAUUGAGCCAAGUUACAAUACAGGAUCGAGCCACAGCUACGUCUCCUGCACUAACAGCCUGCAGUGUACAGAAUCAAGACCCAGCUCCAAAACCCAGUCCACAGGGGGACCCAGCACAGCCCACCCAGCCUGGCAUCAACAUCACCCAGGUGGGCAUGAGCAGAAGGGGAGCCCAGGGGCUCCGGGGGCUCCUCAAGGGCCACGAAGCCGGGACUAAACCUGUCUCAGUCCGGCUGAACCUUCUAGAAGGCCUAAGGAGGACCUUCACUGAAUGGAUGACUGAGGAGACUAUGAAGUUCCUAUAUGGCCCAGACCACUUUAGUAAAACACUGAUAGAAACAAAUGAGGAGGAGGAGGAGGAGCUAGAUGAAGAUGACUUGGAGGACAUUGUGGAGGGUGGUGGGGGGGGAGGUGAGACUGACUCCCAAGGGGGUCCAGGAAGGCCCUCGGCCCCGGCCCCAGACUACGACAUCCUACGCAGGGAGACAGAGGAGAUGGGGCUGAGGGUGAGGGAGUUCUACAAAGGGACGGAGGAAGUCCAGCGGGUGUCAGGGAAACAACAUGCCAGAGGCGGAGACUCAGAGAACCAGGGUGGGGCGCUCCCGUUGGUUGACUCCCAUGCCCAGCACCUCAUCCAGAAACGGAUUACGGUGGAGAAGCUCACUAAAGGCCUGAGAGACAUCGUGGGCCCUCUGCGUCUCACCAUGACUGACGUCUCCAGUGACCUCAACAGGCUGGUCAGAACCUUCAGAUUUACAAACACCAACAUCAUCCACAAAGGCCCAGAGUGGACCCUGAUUGCGGUGGUGCUCCUCCAUUUGUUAUCAGAGGUGUCCCCGGUGGUGCGGGAGGCCCUGGAGAGGCCGGCCUCAGUCGAUUACCUCUCUACUCUGAUGCAGGAGCUCCCACUGCUGGACCGGGACCUGCAGAGCCUGCUCCAGCUACUCAGAACCGCAGAGCUCUGUCCACACGCGCACAAAGAGAAACGGCAGACAAAUCAAUGAAAGUCUAUUCUUCUUCUGGACAACAUUUUCCCCUAUUAUAAGAGUUGCGGUGGAAGGGAGACGUCAGUCCCCGUUAUCCUUUUUUAUUUGUUUUGCUUGCUUUUUCGGUUUUGUUGAUUUCAAUUUGAUUGAUUGUGUUCUAUUUUUUGAGAAUUAAGAGUCAAAUAAUGACUCAUCUUCUCUCGGGAAAUGUAAAGUGCUUGAUGUGGUUGUAGUUCUCUGAAAUGAAGACCGUGUAGGCAUACCGUAUCACUGAAUAGGCUUGUUUUCAAACAGAAAUUCUUACACUUGUGCAUCGUUGAGUGAAUCUGUGGAUACAGUGAAUCUGUUGAAGCUGUAAAUGUCUAAAUCAAAUCUUUAAAGUUACAAGCCUCCAAUGUUGAACCCUGUGCCUCUAUACAACCAAAUAAAAUCACACUCAGGUUUCCCA